AAGGCAAAUUGUAGCUUGUGGAAAGCGCAACACAAACUGCUUACAUGUGUCAUGUGUCUGUUUCUGCUUGUAUGAAAUAUAGAUGAACAAUUAACAAUAGUUUGUUUCAUGAAGCGAUCAUCGCUGUGGCGUUUUCAUGCACAUCGACUUUGGCGCCAUGACUUGAGUUGGUGACGCUGUGGUAGUGUGCACACAGGUGGAGUGUUUAAUUGGCGCAUCGGUGACCUGUCAAGUGUGAGACAGAGGAGAGACAGACUCUGUUAGAGAAGAAAAGAGAAGCAAAGCUCCGGUAUGGCCCCAGACCCCGUGCAGGCGGUGGGCUCGUGGCUGCGCAGCCGCUGGCAGGUGAGCGUUCCAGAGGGGUGGCUGCAAGCCUGCGUAGACUGGCUUCAACAGGAGGCAGGCGGCCGACACCUGGGCCUGACUCAGCUGCAGCAGCAGACGCUGGAGCAGUGGUUGCAGACGGACCUGCGUACCCUGGACAUGCCCUCGCUGCCAGCCAACCUCGGCCAAGAGCUGAAGACCGAGCUCCAAGGAAACGUCUGCGUGCAGCUGGACUCCAUGCAGGAUGUCAGUCAGCCGGCGUACACCCAGCUCCAGCGCAUCAAAGGCAGCGACUGCGCCAACGACCAGAUUGGGGCUGAGACGCAGGCCACCCAGAGGUCGUGGCAGGCGAACCCCACGCGGAUGCUGCUGCUGCAGCUGACGGACGGCGUGCGCGGCGUGGAGGCCAUGGAGCACAAGCCUGUACCCCAGCUGAACACCGGCCUGCCCCCCGGCACCAAACUGCUCCUGCGGGGCCCCAUCGCCUGCCGUCUGGGGGUGCUCCUGCUGGGGCCCCAAAACGUCCAGGUGCUGGGCGGAGAGGUGGAGGAACUCCACACUCGGGCCCAUGUGUUAUGUCGAGCCCUUGGUCUCCCCGAACCGCAGCCAGCAGAAGAGGAGGAGGAGGACGAGGGUGUGGAGGCAGGGCGUGGCCCCAUUUCCGUCCCCCAGAGGAGGCCUGCCCAGGCUGGGGGAGCAGCACCAGCACCAGCACCAGCCGGCCCCCCAGACGAUGACGACCUGGACGACAUGGAGCUGAUGGCCAGCCUGGAGGGGGUGGAGGAGGGGGCCAGCAUGGCCAGCAUGGACAGUGGCUACAGGAGCGCUGCCAGCAGGGGUGCCAGCAUGCUCUCCACGGCCUCCAGUAGUAGACCCUCUACACAGCCACAGCCACAGCCUCAGCCUUUCCCCAUGGAGGAGGACGACCCUGGCUGGUGGAGCCCCUCUGAUCAGCACGGGCCCAUGGAGCACGAGCAGCAGCCAGAGGAGGACUUCCAGGAUGACGACAUUCCCCUGGAGGAGCUGGACGACGUGCUCUCCCAGAACCUGUCGCAGGACGCCGGGCCACAUGGGAACUUCCUGUCCCCGCCCCCGACGCAGGGGAACUUCCUGUCCCCUCCGGAGCCGGUUGCUAGGGCCUCUUCUUCUGCACAGGUCCCAGUGCUAAGGGCCCCUCUCUCCGCUGCCACUACCAGGGUGCAACAGGAGUACUCCAGGCAGGAGACCGCUCGUAACCCUGCACAGUUUCCAGCGCUGAGGGCCCCUCUGUCCACCACGGCUACUAACAGGGCUGAACAACAGUCUGCCAGUCGGCCGGGUACCAACAACAGCAGCAUCCUGCCCCACCAUCCAGAGCGCAUCGCUACCGUCCCCCCACACGUCCCAGCAAGCCUGCUAAGACCAGCUGCAAACGGCAGGCCUUCGCCCGGCAGUAGUGCCCAGGACCACAACAACGGCAGACAACAACAAGGCAGCGAGAUCCCCUCCCAUCCAAAGCCUACCCUUACCGUCUCUCCAGCACUCAGGCCACCUGCAUACAGCAACACCACCAGGCUUGAGCAGGACCGGACCCAUCUCCAACCUGAUGCAACAGCUACGUUCGCGGGGACACUGCAGAGCGCUGCUGGGCGGUCCUCCAUUAGCAUAUCAGGGGACAACAAGCCACGUUCUGAUGGUGGUGGUGGUGGUGACGGUGGCAGCGUAGUGGCAUGGGACGGCCCGCCGUUCACCUACCUCGCGACACUCCCCACCGCCGCCGUCUCCGACGACGUCCCCAGGGAGGUGCGCGUGCACGCCUUCGUGGUGACGCUCAAGUCCAACAUGCGCAGCGGCGGCGGCCAAUGGGGCCUGGACGUCAGCCUGUCGGACGGCUCGGCGUACGCGGACGCGGAGCUGGCGGACGGGGUGCUGGAGGGCCUGAUCGGGCUGUCGGCGGCGGAGGCGCGCGCCCUGAAGCGCACCCCCGAGGGCCAGGCGAGCGUGACGGCGGGCGUGCAGAAGUGCCAGCGGGCGCUGGUGGACCUGUGCGGCAUCAUGACGCUGCGGGUGGGGGGGGCGGGGAGGGACAAGCCGCUGGUGGUGGCGGUGGCGGCGGCCAAUCAGAGUGACUGCCUGGCCCUGCAGAAGAGAGUGGAGAUGAGGAGAGCGCGGUGCUAG